GUUCAUUUUAAGCUAUUGUGCCUUUCUGUUAUCAUAAGGAUUCGACACAUAAUUAAAGACCAACCAGAUAAGAAGAAGAAGAAGGAGGAGGAAGAAGAAGAAGGAGGAGAUGGGUUCUUUAUGGAUUCCUUACUACGUAGCAGCUCUCGGUGCAAUUUUGACCUUGUUCAUCGUCCGGUUUGUGUCUAUGAAAAGACAGAAGAAGAAGUAUCAUCCGGUCGGAGGGACGAUGCUGAACCAGCUGUUGAAUUUCAAAAGGUUGCAUCAUUACAUGACAGAUCUGGCUUCUCAGCACAAGACCUACAGGUUGUUGGCCCCUUUCCGGAACGAGGUUUACACCUCCGAUCCCGUCAAUGUCGAGUAUAUCCUCAAGUCCAACUUCGACAACUACGGCAAGGGAUUGUACAACUAUACCAUCCUUAGUGAUCUACUGGGAGAUGGAAUAUUCGCAGUGGAUGGAGAGAAAUGGCGUCAACAGCGGAAGCUUUCGAGCCACCAAUUCUCCACUCGAUUCCUCCGAGAUUAUAGCAGCCUUAUCUUUCAGACCAAUGCCGUUAAACUCGCUCUUAUUGUCUCUGAUGCCGCUUCUUCCGACCGCAUCAUCGAUAUCCAGGACUUGUUCAUGAAGUCAACUCUUGAUUCCAUAUUCAAAGUCGCUUUUGGUUUUGAGCUCGAUAGCUUGUGUGGAUCAACCCAGGAAGGGAAGGUGUUCAGCUCUGCUUUCGACAAUGCAAGUGCACUUACCCUCUGGCGUUAUGUCGAUUUCCCCUGGAAGAUGAAGAGAUUCUUCAACCUUGGGUCUGAAGCUGCGUUGAAGAAGAACGUCAAAGCCAUUGAUGAAUUCGUUUACAAGUUGAUCCGCUUCAAGAUUGAACAGAUGGAUGAUGAUCUGAAGGAAUCAGACAACUCCUCUAUGCAGAAAGCAGACAUCUUGUCAAGGUUUUUGCAAGUUACCGACACCAAUGAUCUCAAGUAUCUGAGAGACAUAAUCCUCAACUUUGUUAUUGCUGGGAGAGACACGACAGCUGCCACUCUAUCCUGGCUAAUCUACUCACUCUGCAAGGAACAAGAAAUUCAAGAAAAGGUUGCAGAAGAAGUUAAGGAAGCUACUGGGUCAAUAGACAUCACCUCCUUCGCCGAAUUGGCUGAGAGCUUAAGCGAAGAAACACUUGAAAAGAUGCAUUAUCUCCAUGCAACUAUAACUGAGACUCUAAGGCUCUAUCCUGCAGUCCCUGUGGAUGCCAAGAUUUGCUUGUCGGAUGAUACGUUCCCAGAUGGGUUUAGUGUCAACAAAGGAGAUAUGGUGGCUUACCAGCCAUAUGCGAUGGGCAGAAUGAGAUUUGUUUGGGGAGAUGAUGCUGAGGAGUUCAGACCGGAGAGAUGGCUCGAUGAAAACGGAAAGUUUCGAGCCGAAAGCCCUUUCAAGUUUACAGCUUUUCAGGCAGGGCCGAGGAUUUGCCUGGGAAAAGAAUUCGCGUACAGACAGAUGAAGAUAUUCUCGGCUGUAAUGCUGCGUUGUUUUCAGUUCAAACUUAGCACCGAUCACAAAGAUGUGACCUACAAGACAAUGAUUAACCUUCACGUUGAUGGAGGACUUCACGUUCUUGUCUCUCACAGAUGCGGGCGGAUGUAAUAUAUAUAUUUCAAUAUUGUUGGAGGUAUACAUCGAUAUUAAAAUAUAUGAAUCUUUUUAAUGUGUAAUUCGAUGCAAAUAAAAAAAAAAAGUUUCAUAUUCAAAGUUG